GCUGAAGAAAAGGCUUGUGUUUUUGAAGUGUUCCAAACUGUUCAGGAUAUUUUAUGCUUCUAAUGAGAACUCUUAAAUUAAUGUUUUAUGACAUGUAACAUUGCAAUGCUUAGUAUGAAAUUUUGUAGUUUAUUAUUAAUUAUUUGUUUUGAGCAAAGUGCAAUUGCACAGGAAUAACACAUUUAGAUUUAUUUUCUUUCUGUUAAUUAUUCUCCUCUUGUCCAAACUCACAGAUAAUCAUCUACAUGACACACUAUUAUAAAGAUGUCGUUUAUUAAAGAGGAGAGUGAAGACAUUAGGAUUACAGAAGUGUUCAGUAUCAAACAUGAAGAUACUGAGGAACAAACAGACCUGAAAGUGCUGAAAGAGGAGGGUCAAGAACUGAAUCAAAAUGAAGAGAAGUACCUGAAUGAGGAAAAUCCAGACUUCAAAACGGAAGAAAAAUAUCUUAGCUGCUCACAGACUGAAGAGGUUUCCACACGAAUAAGAGCCAAGAAGACAGGAACUAGAGAUUUGACUGAAGAAAAUGAGGACAAUGAAGAAUUGAGAGAAGCUGAGGAGAAAAAUCACUUCAAAACUGGAGAAAACCCUUCGCGUUGCUGUCAAAGAAAACAAAUAUUAUUAAAGAAAACAAGAGCCAAUAAAUCUUUUACCUGCACUCAGUGUGGAAAGAGCUGCAAAUAUAAACAUAUUCUUGAUGUUCACAUGAGAGUUCAUACUGGAGAAAAACCGUUCACUUGUGAUCAUUGUUGGAAGAGUUUCACACAAUCAGCUAGUCUUAAGUUACACAUGAACAUCCACACUAGAGAGAAGCUGUACACAUGUGAUCAAUGCGGGAAAACAUUUUUGAGAGCUUCAGUCCUGAAACAGCACCUAAAAGUUCAUACAAAGGAGAAACCACACUCAUGUCAUUUGUGUGGAAAGAGAUUUUCACAUCUACAACAUUUAAAAAAACAUCAGAAAAUACAUUCUGGUGUGAGAGAGCAUGUGUGCUUUGAGUGUGAGAAGACCUUUACUUCAGCGAGCAGUUUAAAACUGCAUGAGAGGAUUCACACUGGAGAGAAACCUUACAAGUGUUCACACUGUGACAAGAGAUUCAGUGUGUCAGCAACUCUAAAAAUACAUGAGAGGAUCCACACUGGAGAGAAACCGUAUACAUGUGAUCAGUGCGAGAAGAGUUUCAGAAUAAAAGGAAAUCUUUUGGUGCAUAUGAAAGUUCAUACUGGAGAGAAGCUGUUCACUUGUGGUCAGUGUAAAAAGAGUUUUGGACGAUCAGCAAACCUUAAGAGGCACUUGAGCAUCCACACUAGAGAGAAACUGUACGCAUGUGAUCAAUACGAUAAAUUUUUCUUGAGAGCUUCAGUCCUGAAAAAAUACUUGAGAGUUCAUUCAAAAGAGAAGCCACAUUCAUGUAAUUUGUGUGGGAGAAGGGUUUCAAGUCUACAAAGUUUGAAAGAACAUCAGAAAACACAUACUGGUGUGAGAGACUACAUGUGCUUCGAGUGUGAGAAGACUUUUACAUCACCAAACUGUUUGAAACAGCACCAAAGGAUUCACACUGGAGAAAAACCUUACAAGUGUUCACACUGUGACAAGAGAUUCAGUCAGUCAUCACAUCUGAAAACACAUGAGAGGAUUCACACUGGAGAGAAACCGUAUCAUUGCACUGCAUGUGGGAAGUGUUUCAAUCAAUCUUCUGCCCUAAACAGACAUACAAAAAAUAAUCACAAAAUUCAGCUGGAAAAUUCCCAUCAGUUUACAAGUGAAGACGAGCAUCAAAGCUUCAGGAAUAAAUCUGUAAAGUUUGAGUUAAUUAAAGAGGACCGAGAGGAGAUGGGAGAUCCAGAACCCUGCAGAAUUAAACACACUGAAGAUACUGAAGAACUAACAGUGUUGAUUGAAGAACAUGAGGACAAUGAAGAAUUGAUUGAAGUUGAGGAGAAAAAUCACUUCAAAUCUGGAGAAAACCCUUCGAGUAGCUGUGAAAGCAAACAGAUAAUAUUAAAGAAAACAAGAGCCAAUAAAUCUUUUACCUGCACUCAGUGUGGAAAGAGCUGCAAAUAUAAACAUAUUCUUGAUGUUCACAUGAGAGUUCAUACUGGAGAAAAACCGUUCACUUGUGAUCAUUGUUGGAAGAGUUUCACACAAUCAGCUAGUCUUAAGUUACACAUGAACAUCCACACUAGAGAGAAGCUGUACACAUGUGAUCAAUGCGGGAAAACAUUUUUGAGAGCUUCAGUCCUGAAACAGCACCUAAAAGUUCAUACAAAGGAGAAACCACACUCAUGUCAUUUGUGUGGAAAGAGAUUUUCACAUCUACAACAUUUAAAAAAACAUCAGAAAAUACAUUCUGGUGUGAGAGAGCAUGUGUGCUUUGAGUGUGAGAAGACCUUUACUUCAGCGAGCAGUUUAAAACUGCAUGAGAGGAUUCACACUGGAGAGAAACCUUACAAGUGUUCACACUGUGACAAGAGAUUCAGUGUGUCAGCAACUCUAAAAAUACAUGAGAGGAUCCACACUGGAGAGAAACCGUAUACAUGUGAUCAGUGCGAGAAGAGUUUCAGAAUAAAAGGAAAUCUUUUGGUGCAUAUGAGAGUUCAUACUGGAGAGAAGCUGUUCACUUGUGGUCAGUGUAAAAAGAGUUUUGGACGAUCAGCAAACCUUAAGAGGCACAUGAACAUCCACACUAGAGAGAAAUUGUACACAUGUGAUCAAUGUGGGAAAACAUUUUUGAGUACUUCAGACCUGAAAACACACCUGAGAGUUCAUACAAAGGAGAAACCACAUUCAUGUAUUUUGUGUGGAAAGAGUUUUUCACGUCUGCAAAGUUUGAAAAUACAUCAGAAAACACAUACUGGUCUGCGAGAUUAUGUGUGCUUCGAGUGUGAGAAGACUUUUACUUCAGCGACCUGUUUAAAACAUCACCAGAGGAUUCACACCGGAGAAAAACCUUACAAGUGUUCACACUGUGACAAGAGAUUCAGUCAGUCAUCACAUCUGAAAACACACGAGAGGAUUCACACUGGAGAGAAACCGUAUCAAUGCACUGCAUGUGGGAAGCAUUUCAGUCAAUCUUCUGCCCUGAACAGACACAUGAAAAUUCACACUGAAGAGAAACCUUUUAUCUGCAAACAGUGUGGAAAGAUUUUUACUCUUAAAGGAAACCUUAAAAAGCACAUACGAAUUCACACUGGAGAGAAGCCUUUCGCCUGCAAACAGUGUAAGAAGACCUUCACUGAAAAAAGAACCCUUGAGCGCCACAUGAGAAUUCAUACUGGAGAGAAGAGUUUCACCUGCCAACAGUGUGGAACAAGUUUCACUGAAAAAGGAAACCUUGUGCGUCACAUGAGGAUUCACACUGGAGAUAAGCCUUUCACUUGCCAAAAGUGUGGGAAGAGUUUCACUGAAAAAGAAAACCUUGAGCGCCACAUAAGAAUUCACACCAGAGAGAAGCCUUUCACUUGCCAAAAGUGUGGGAAGAGUUUCACACAAAAAGGAAAUCUUGAAAGUCACAUGAGAAUGCAUACUGGAGAGAAGCCAUAUACAUGCACUCAGUGUGGAAAGAGCUUCACUGCAAAAAGAAACCUAAAACUACACAUGAGCAUUCACACUGGAGAGAAGCCUUUCACCUGCCAACAGUGUGGGAAGAGUUUCACACAAAAACAGCAUCUUAAAGUCCACAUGAGAAAUCAUACGGGAGAGAAAGCUUUUACUUGCCAACAGUGUGGAAAAAGCUUCGCUGAAAAUGCAUACCUUAAAGUCCACAUGAUAGUUCACUCUGGAGAGAAGCCAUUCACCUGCCAACAGUGUGAAAAGAGCUUCUCUCAAAGAGGACAUCUUAAAAUCCACAUUAGAAGUCACACUGGAGAGAAGCCUUUCACCUGUCAUCAGUGUGGAAAGAGCUCCACAACAGCAGUGAACCUCAAAUAUCACAUGAGAAUUCACACCGGAGAGAAGUUGUUCAGUUGUGAUCAGUGUGGAAAGAGUUUCAAACUAAAGAAAUCCCUUAACUGUCACUUGAGUUUACCCAAGAAGUGUGGAAAAAGUGUCAAUCUAAACCAGGGGUCAGAAACCUUUAUUUCAUGAAGUGCCAUUUUUGUUUCCUAGUGAAUCCCUGUGCCACAUCACAGUCAUUUUGAUUUGUGGAAUGUGGACCGGGACUCUUGUCUGCAUUGAUAGCCUAGGGCAGGGUUCUCCAAACUCAGCCCUGGAGGGCCACUUUCCUUCAGAGUUUAGCUCCAAAACCAAUUAGACACACCUGACCUGCUAAACAAGGUCCAACUAGGCAUACUAGAAACUUUCAGCCAGGAGUUUUGGAUCUUCUUGGAACUAAACUCUGCAGGACAGUGGCCCUCCAGAACUGAGUUUGGAGAACCCUGGCCUAGUGCAACUGUCCCACCUAUGACCGGUUCAAAUCCUGACUCGCAGUUCCUCAAAAUGUAGUUCUGUAUGCAGGUGGGAGGUACUUUAAAAGAAUAAAAUACAUAGACCUCUCUCUUAUUAUUGUAUAAGUGUGCACACUGCACAAAUGAUUACGAGAUCAAGGCAUUUAUCUUUUUGUGUUUAUAUCUAAGUAUGUUUCCAUAUCACAUAAAAGUAAAUAAAAUAUCAGUAUCAUAUUAUAUUCAUAAAAAAUGAAAACAAUUAGAGAUUCAAGUUGUUUUAUUUUAUGUUUUAAUGCAUUCUUAUGACAUACCCGGUCUGUGGAUGAUGCAGUAAACAUGGGACUGUAUUUCAUCCUGCAACAUCUGGACAAAACAGGGACUUAUGUGAGGAUCCUAUUUGUGGACUUUAGUUUGGCUUUCAACACCAUCAUCCCAAAAGCCCUCCAGACCAAAUUUCAUGUCAAACAGCCGCUCCACCAACACUGGUGCCCCACAGGGAUGUGUUCUCUCCCCACUGCUCUUCUCGCUGUACACCAAUGAUUGCACCUCUAAAGACCCCUCUGUCAAGCUCCAAAAGUUUGCAGAUGGCACUACA